AUAUACCAUUCGAGAUGGAUUUUCUAAAUUUAUCCAGUGAUGCGGAAAAUGCAUCCAUAACCAGUUCCAAUUCCACAAGAAGCCAGUACUCCUUGGCCACUAUCUACGGGCUUACGGGAUUAGUGGGCUUUCUCAUAUUGUUUACAAUUGUCGGAAACGUUUUGGUGGUAAUCGCUGUGCUAACAAGCAGGGCGCUCAAACCUCCCCAGAACCUUUUCCUGGUGUCUCUGGCCAGUGCAGACAUUCUGGUGGCAACAUUAAUCAUACCAUUCUCAUUAGCCAACGAACUUAUGGGCUAUUGGUUUUUCGGAAAAGUUUGGUGUGACAUUUAUCUGGCACUAGACGUCCUCUUCUGCACCUCCUCAAUUGUCCACUUGUGUGCCAUCAGCCUGGAUCGCUACUGGUCCGUCACACAGGCGGUGGAGUACAACCUCAAACGGACGCCCCAAAGGGUCAAGGCUAUGAUUGUGGUGGUGUGGCUGAUCUCUGCUGUGAUCUCUUUCCCGCCUCUCAUCUCCAUGGACCGCGACGACAGCAGUGGGGAUGCCCUGGCACCCACGUGCCAGCUGAACGACGUGACGUGGUACAUACUGUACUCCAGCAUCGGCUCCUUCUUCGCGCCCUGCGUCAUCAUGAUCCUGGUCUACAUCCGCAUCUACCAGGUGGCCAAGAAGCGGAGCCGGAGCAUGUCGGAGAAGCGGCAGGAGGCCGAGGGGGAGAAGGGCGGAGGAGGCGACGGGGCCGAGCUGGAGAACGGCAUGGGCCAGCGCAACCUGUGUCGGGGCAACAGCACGGACAAGGAGAACGGCCACUGCGCCUCCCCGAAACCCACCGACGACGACCUGGACUUGGACCUGGAGGACAGCAGCUCGUCUGACGAGAAGAGCAAAAAGCCACACCACCACCACCACCACCACCACUCCAACAAACAGAACCCCGAGCUGCCCUGCAAGAAGGAGGCGAGAGCCAGCCGCAAGGACAGCUCCAGCUCCAAGCAGUCCAGCCGCAAGUCCAGGGCCAGCGGCAAGUCCCUGGACCUGUUCUCCUCGCGGAGGAAGCGACGGAGCACCGUCUCCAAGAAGAAGAUCUCCCAGGCCCGGGAGAAGCGCUUCACCUUCGUCCUGGCCGUGGUCAUGGGCGUGUUCGUGGUCUGCUGGUUCCCCUUCUUCUUCAGCUACAGCCUGUACGGCAUCUGCCGAGAGCCCUGCGCCAUCCCCGAGACCCUCUUCAAGUUCUUCUUCUGGAUCGGCUACUGCAACAGCUCCGCGAACCCGGUGAUCUACACCAUCUUCAACCAGGACUUCCGCCGGGCCUUCCAGAAGAUUCUGUGCAAGUCCUGGAAGAGGUCGUUCUGAGUCGUAAAGGAGAAUUUAUGGAGCCCGUUGCCUCUAAUGCGAUCAUGCCCAGUGCACAGUGCUUGAUCAGAUGAUAUGGGCCAAGACAGACGGUGUCCGGUGGAUGGGUCCUGUUCAGCUAAUGUGUUUGGCUUCCCUCCGUAGGCCUUGACAAUCUCCAUGUGACUGAUGUACACCGUGUGUGUGUGUGUGUGUGUGUGUGUGUGUGUGUGUGUGUGUGUGUGUGUGUG